AUGGAUGAUCAGACUCACAGAUACUAUGAAACACCUGGCCGUCACUCAAGAUGCGCAGGAGGUCUGGAGGUAGAUGCUGGUGUCAGCAGAAGUCUCUUAUUCCCGCUCUGUAAUGGGACACAUUCAUUAUCGACCAGUUGCCCUGCUCAACAACCGGCACUGGUCAGCAGCAGCAGUCAGGUAACACAGAGCGAUCUGAAGCCAGCUGUGCUGUACCCAUGGAGACACAGGAGUGCAGGUCCACAGGUCAGGGUCAAGAGAGACUGGAUCAUUCCACCAAUCCGAGUAUCUGAAAACAGCAAGCAGGUUCCUGAAGAUCUGGUCCAGAUCAAAUCAGACAAGGUUUUCACCGGGGAGGUGAUAUACAUGCUGGAGGGGCCUGGGGUUGACCAGGACCCCAAAGGCCUGUUUGAAAUUGAUGAAAAAACAGGAUGGAUCAAGAGCAAAAUGCCACUAGACAGGGAAAAACACAAGAGCUUUAAGCUCAAAGCUUUUGCACUUUCCCCAAGUGGAGAGAGACUGGAAAGUCCCACCACGAUUGAAAUCUACGUUUUAGAUCAGAAUGACCACAGGCCUGAAUUUACCCAGAAGGAGUUUGUUGGAACUAUCCCAGAAUUCUCUGUUCCAGGAACUUCAGUAAUGCAAGUUACAGCGAUAGAUUCAGAUGAUCCAAUGACCGAAAACGCAGCUCUGAGCUACUCCAUCAUUGGGCAAGAGAGUAUCCCUCCUCACGGCAUCAACAAGACCAUGUUUGGCAUUAACAACAAAACUGGAGUCAUCUACACUCGGGAUGUGGGACUAGACAGAGAUGUGGUGCAGUCCUUCAGGCUGACUCUGCAGGUGGCUGACAUGUCUGGAAUGGGCCUAACCUCCACCGGUCGUGCCAUUAUUCACAUCUCUGACAUUAACAACCAUGCUCCAAAAUUCCAUUCAGAAAUUGCUCGUCCUGCUUUAGAUCCUGAGAAUUGGCUUGCUAUUAACCAUGCAACUGGACAAAUCACAGCCAGGAGAUCCUUCAAUAUCCGGUCUCCCCACGUCAGGAACAACAUUUACUCUGCAAUUGUGAAAGUCAUAGAUCAGGACGCUGAUGGCAUCUCUGCAACAGCUACAUUGGAGGUCAAUCUGUGGGAGACCAAUGAUUACCCACCAGUGCUCAUACCCUUGAGUGGGACAGUGUGCAGUGAUCGGGACAGAGAUAAAUUGGGCCUUCUGCUUAGUGCUGUGGAUGAGGACAUGUCCCCUCAAGCUGACCCCUUCACCUUUUACAUUGCUGAUCAAAAUGUGGCUGCCAACUGGACCAUCAUAACUCUUAAUGAGACCCAUGCGGUUCUCCAGCCACUGAUAGACAUAGAGAAAGGGGAAUUCUCUAUUCCUGUGGUCGUAUCAGACUCUGGCUCUCCUUCCCUUUCCUCUAAUGCUCUGGUCAACGUGACUGUGUGUCCCUGUGACCGUUUCGGUGACUGCAAGAGCUACACCGCAGUCAUCUUUGGAACCAAAACGGGAAUAAGCUUCAUUGCCCUUAUGAUUAUUAUGGGAUGCAUUGCUCUUCUGUUGUUUCUGAUUGUUCUUGCUGUGGCGGUGAAGGGCUGCACAAGGCAGAACAUUAGAAAAGGAGGAGGUCUGCUGGUCGGAGCGUCUGAUGAUGACAUCCGAGACAAUGUCUUUCACUAUGAUGAGCAGGGAGGAGGAGAAGAGGAUGAAGAUGCAUUUAAUAUUGAUUUUCUGAGGAACCCAAGUGACAUGGUCCCUGCCCCAGCCUCAUUUUCCCCACAAGACUGCAGCCUGCCCAGAGGAAAGCAACCUCUAAGGAAAGAUGCACCCCAUAACCUGCCUUCUCCUACAUAUCCACGCAAACCCCCCGGAGACCCAACAGACAUAGAAGAUUUCAUCAAUGUUGGGCUGGACGCUGCUGACAAUGACCCUAAUGUCCCACCAUACGAUACAGCUCUGAUCUAUGACUAUGAAGGCGAUGGGUCGGUAGCAGGCAGCCUUAGUUCUAUUGCUUCCAUGGGCUCAGACGGUGACCAGGACUAUGACUACCUCAAUGACUGGGGACCACGGUUUAAAAAACUGGCUAACAUGUAUGACCCACGUUAGGCACCAGACUGAUUUUUUUGUUCAAGAUGUUCAGAUACUCUCGUACAUGCAUGUCCUUCAAAACUCUAUGCAAAUCAAAUGUCCCAUCUUCAAUAUGAGAGAGUGCUCAUGAUGUAAGGACGAGGGGGCGGAUUACAUUAUUGAUAUUGUAGAUAAACGGAGGUCUCAAUCUAUUCCCCAGUGAUCAGUGUAAAGGUCAUCAGUGUCUUUUUCCUUUCCUUCAUGGAUCAGUGAACUAUUUCAACUGCAGGUGAAAUGCUGCUGAUAUUGAAGCUGGUGUGACAGGUGCUUACUGUGGGCCAGUGCGCAAAUGGCUCACAUUGUGAAAGCACCAACUGGAGGGAGGAACCAUGUGUUAGUGCAUACUGAUUAGACAUGGUGCAAAAAGAGAUGCCUUGUUCAUAAACCAAGGGUCAUGUUCUUGAGGGGUUAUUUUAGCUGAUGACCAAUACAGAGGUUUGCGGAGCAUGUGGGGUACACACAGGAAGAAUAAUUCACCCAAAAAAAGAAAUUAAUAUUCAUAAAUUGUCAUUUACUUAUAACCAUCAUUCUAAACCCAUGACAUUCUUUCAUCUAUCGAACACAGAAGGAUGUUUUAUAUGUUGGUAAACUUCAGAGCUGCUUUUUUCUA